AUGAGUAUGCCUCAAGUAAAUGGCGAUUUUGAGUCUAGUCUGCCACUCAUUGGGACGGUCGUUGAUGCUUGUGGUGGGGAUGAAGGCAUCUCCCAAUGUUUCCGCAGCAUGCUCGACCAGAAGCUAUUGUGGACGCGCGACCAAUACCGUCCAAUCGGCAUGCCCCAACGUGUUCUUCCUUCACCUUUGCUCUCUGACGCCGAAGGGCUUAAACUGUGGCGAGAUAUCACCCGAUUGCCAACCUACUAUCAAACUGAAGGUGAGAUCGAGUUCUUCAACCACUACGGGCAUGAAAUUGCUGGGAUGGUGCCGCCAAAUGCCGUCCUUGUGGAUCUAGGCUGCGGUGAUGUUCGAAAGGCCAAGGCUCUUCUCGACCAUCUCGAGCAGCUGGGCAACAGUGUAUGCUACUUUGCCCUUGAUCUUGACAAGGCGUCACUUGAGCAUCAAAUGGGCAUACUGACUCCUCAUUAUCGCCAUGUGAGAUGCUUUGGCCUCUGGGGGACAUUCGAUCACGGGUUGGCUUGGUUGAACGACCAGGCGUUCAACAGGCCUAGAUUUCUCAUGUCACUCGGCUCUAUAUAUGGCAAUGAUCAUUUUCACGACGCCGUCAAGUCCCUCGAACAAUUGAGAACCACAGGCUUCCAUCAUCAAACUGACAAAAUGCUAUUGACCAUGGACGGAACCCAGGACGCAGCCAUUAUUUGGCGAAGCUACCACGAUCAUGCUGGCUUGUUUGAGAAAUUUAUACGCAACGGCUACAAACACUCGAAUCGAGUCUUGAACCAGCAAUGGUACCGUGAUGAGGACUGGGACUUUGUCGGUCUCAUACAACAGGACCCGUUGAUGCAUCGCUUCGUCAUCCGAGCAAGGGUGAAUGUCACAUGCCCAGCCUUAAAACUCGACUUCCCCGCAGGGACGGAGAUUGAUUGCUACGAAGCGUUCAAAUAUCCUCCAGAUCUUAUGAGGAGGCAAUUUGCAAUGGCAAACUUUCACGAAGUAGGACAUUGGAAAGCUCCUAAAGCAGAUCUUCAUCAUUAUCUUCUCGUUCCCAGCGAAGAUCAAGCACCCAUGGCUAUCUAA